AAAUCCUCGUCCUUCCUUUCCCUUUCUGCCCGCCCCUUCCCCGUCCGGCGGCGUCCCUCCUCCCCCACCGCGUCGAAAUCCCAAACCCCACCCUCGCCGCCCGCGACCCCUGCCCGCCGGCCACGAUGAUGCACAUGACCUUCUACUGGGGCACGUCCGCCACGAUCCUGUUCGACGGCUGGCGCACGUCCGCGUGGACGGGCUACCUCCUCUCCCUCCUGGCGCUCUUCCUCGCCGCCGCCUUCUACCAGUACCUCGAGGCCUUCCGGAUCCGCGUCAAGCUCCUCGCCGGCGCCAAGGCGGACCCCCUCCCCCCGCCCGCCGGCUCCGACGCGAGGGCCCCGCUGCUAGCGCCGGGCUCCGCCGCCUUCCUGGACGGGCGCUGGCCGGCGCGGGUGGCCACGGCGGCGCUCUUCGGGGUCAACGCGGGCAUAGGGUACCUCCUCAUGCUCGCCGUCAUGUCGUUCAACGGCGGGGUGUUCAUCGCCGUGGUGCUCGGGCUCGCGGCCGGCUACCUCGCGUUCCGCAGCGGCGACGUGGACGGGGACGACCUCGUCGUGGUCGACAACCCCUGCGCCUGCGCCUAGGGAAUCGGACGACGGGCGGGUGGCCGGCCGCCGGCGGCUUGCCCCCAAGGCGUGAUUACUUGAUGUUGUACAACUCAGGUGGUAAUAAGAUGGUGUACAAAUUGAUUUGGGGGAUUGCAGAUGUCGGGAGGAAUUGUAGAAUACAGAAUCAGGAAAGUGUUUGAUGCGUAUUUCUCACAGCGAAUUGGUUCGAUGCGUUUCUGGGUUGAUGAAGAGUGUGCGAAGACGGUUCCUUUGAUUACGAGCUGAGCUUGGUAUCGACCUGUAUAGUUGAUCUUUCUUUCGUUAUUGUUAUUAA